AACAACAUCCCAGCCCACCUAAACUUUGAUGUCCUGAUUGGGAACAGGUGAAAACUCCUGCAGAAGAAGGCAGCAAUUUAUAUAUAAGUUUGUCUUCCUCGUCCCUCCAGAAGUGAGAUGCUGUUAUCUUUGGCAACAGCAGAUUUUGGAGUAAUUGGCUUUUGAGGAGGAAGUUGCCACGAUGCCUUCUCUCUGCUUUGCCUGCUUGGCCCUGCUGUGUCUGUUCCUGCCCCAGGAAGUGACAUCCGUACCUUUUCCUGCAGGUGCUGCGCGAACUGAAUGUCGGGCCCGCUACUUUUGGAUAUGGCUGGAUAAAGCCACGCUAGGCCAGAACUCAUGGCGUUAUGGAGUCUUCAACAAUCUUGGACAGCUCAUUCCUGUGACGGACCAGGUCGCUUCCCAGUGCGGCUUCACGCGUACCACCGACCUGUAUGGCAACCCAGAGAUCAGAGUCUCUUUCCUGGCAUGUUCCAUCAAGAAUUUGUUUGACCAGGAAUUCAGCCUCCAGCUGCAGGUGGAGGUAACCAGUCCGGGGAACCUGACUGUGGCUUACGACGUGUCCAUGACGUGCCCCCUCGGCGCCCCAUGGAGUCCCCGGGAGAUCGUCUGUGAAGAAAACUACAUGGAGGUGUCCGUCCGGCGUGCUGUCCCGGGCAUAGCAGACGAAGCCCUGAAUGAAGACUGGAUCGCCGUGUGGCCUGUGGCACAGGGGGCUAUGAACCAAGUCUGGCAAGUGGUCUUCCACUUCCAGAACGGCUCCAUGCAGAGCAUGACGGCCACUCAGGCCCACACCUUGGGCUACGGGGUCAACACCACGGCGACUCGUGUCCUCUUCCGCACACCCUACAGCAUGCAGCAGACGGAAAUCUCCGAGGUGCAGGGCCUAGAAGUGGAGGUUGCACGAGCCACCAUCUUCUACAAGGAGACCUGGAUGUUUCUAAUAGUGGACACUGCCAUCGCCUGCCCUAUCAACCCUCCAGUCUUCACAGCCUCGGAGCUGACCUGGGUCACUCCACGAAUCCUGCCAUCUCUGGUGAAGUUCCCAGACCUGUAUCGGGAUGAGACCAUAGAGAUGGGCCUGGAUGGGCGUGUGAUCGACACGGCCACCGCUGUGAGGAAUGGGUACACCUUCCUGACGAAUGCCAACUUCAUCAGGGUCUCUGUGCCCAUUGGGGCCCCUGGAGGGCUCACUGAGAGUGACGUGAUUGACAACCGCUAUGGCAUGAUGUACAGCAUUAAGCUGCUGCUGGACCGCCGGUGGCAAGGAGACGAGAGCGACUGGACUCGCCACCGCAGCCUGAAGGCCAUCCGCACAACGUUUGCUCCUCAGAUGCCCAUGCUCAUAGACAACACUGUCCCAGAGAGGGGCUACUUCGACGUCACCUUGGGCAACUUCCUCCCCGAUGUGGGGCUGGUGACUGUUGCGAUCGGCGGCCAGCCCUUGACUCCUGAAGAACUCGAGAGCCGGGGCUGCAAGCUGGUGGAAGUUCCCAAUCCCAAUGGCACCAGGGCCUUCACUCUGACGGUCCCUUUUGACGAUCCUCUGGUGCCACAAGAGUACCUGCAAGGCACCAUCCGGAGAUACACCUUGCCUCUGAUCUACGCCCUCAACCUGAUCCCCAAGAACAAACCUCUCACCCACCCGGCCAUCGUUAAAUGCGACGUCCCUGACGUCGUCCUUCCGACUGUCGAGGGCGUCUGUGAGGUGGGAAGAAUCAGCCUGGUGAUGACCCGAGGCAACCUGGAUCGCUACUGGGUCCCAUAUGUCAGGAAUCUGCGAUUGACAGCUGAGCUUGCCGAGUCCCAGAACUACACUGUGCAGGAUGACGGCAGCCGCUUCUACCUAUCUGUCCCCCUCCUGGCAGCUGGCUUGACAUAUGAGGAUAUCUCCCUUCAAGGCCUGACUGCCCGGCUAGACUUCAGUCUGAGGGAUAACAAGACUCUAGAGGUCAUCAUAACCUUUCCAGUUUCCUGCAUCUUCCCUACUGGGAAACUCCUCGUGUGUCUUCCCAAUGGCACGAUGGCAGCCACAGUUCUCAGCCUGGAUACCAAACCUGCCUUCGACCCCAGGAGAACCCACCUGCUAGAUGAGAACUGUGAGCCAGUGGCUGCUGAUGAAUCCAGGGCCCUCUUCUCUUUCCCAGUCUUCACCUGUGGCACAACGCAAAGGUUUGAAGAUAAUUAUUUGGUGUUCGAGAAUGAAGUGAUCUCCAAGAGACGACUGAUUCCAGAAUCCAACCCAGCUAUUACCAGAGACUCCCAAUAUAGGCUGACGCUGCGCUGCCGUUAUCCCCUCAAUGAGACGCUCAGAGUGUGGGCUCAACAACUCCAGGGGGGCUUGGUUAUGCCUAUGCCCUACACCCUUGGGGCCAGAGCCUCUCUUGCAGCUUACCGGCAGGGAAGAUCCAUGGAUGGCCACGUUUCCUUCCAGAUGGCAAGUCCUCUCUCGGCAGGAGCGGCUGAAUCGGCGCAGUUCUGGUUUCCAGUGUUUGCAGUAGCUGUAUUGGCAGGCACCAUUGCUUAGCAGUUCACGCAAAACAAAAUAAAAUCUCUUUGGACUUU